UUUACUGUUUUAUGCUCUUUAUGUCAGCUCACUGGUUUGAAAUAUUCUGUUAACGUUAUUGUGUUAAUUUAUUUUGUGAGCUGUAUGUGAUAUACGUAUUGUGUUUUGGCCUUGUAUCGUUUGGCCCUAUGUGUUACUAUGAUUGCACAUUCAGACGGAGAUGUACCGUAAGGAUUUUUUUGUACUCCUCAUGCAUGUGAAGGACGUCAGAAACGAAGUCAAUUCAAUAAAACUGAACUUUGGGGAGUGGGCUCAGAACUAAGGGGUCCAAGUCCCCGGCAUUCCCCUGAUGUUCACAUCCCGUGUGGGCAUCUGUGGCGUGUUGUCCUGUAAAAUGCCUGCAGCCAGUGAGUUCAUAGCAAGAUCCCAAAGAUACCAAUUAUCAGCUGACAGAUCUCAAAUAACGGAGUGUCGGCACAGGAUGGGAAGUUUGUCUGAGAUGGCAGUGAUAGGUUUGUGUGUGUAUGUGUCAGCGUUGGGGGGUGGGUGUAGAUCUCACCGAAUGUUACAGAGAGCACUCUCCGCUCCCACGUCGCCUCCUCAAUGUCAUUCCGAUAGAGAGGGAGUUAGCUGGAGUUUGUGCUCACCUUUCCAAGUCCACACCACAGUAGGGUGUGGUUCCUUCCCUCUGGGAUCUCAGCACCAAUAAGCGUUCGGUUCUGAUUAGGUAUUUCCCUCCCAGCUCCUGCCCCUUUCGUUUCUGUAAAACAUUGACAAAUACAAGUAAGUAAAUCCCCCGUUCUGAUGUAACUGCAAACUCUGGCUGGAAGAUAUGGGUAAGGCGGAAGGUGAAGAUCUGCCUCAGUCACUCUUCGCUCAGAGUCCGUGCGUCCACUCCGUGUUCACCCGACUGCGUGGAUCGACGGUUCGGCGACCACUUCACCACCUCGGCGGUUCACCGACUGCCUGUGCCCGCUUCCCAGACUGAGAGCUUCCUCUCCCCCGUCUCUCUGUCCGUGAAUCUCACCGGGGGAACUCUCCCUCCAGACCCUGGGAGUCUCUCUGCUCCUGUGUUCUCAGCGUGUCGGUUCACUCGGUCACUCUCCGAAAUCUCUCUGCUUCAGGGCUCCGUGUUUGGGGAAUCUCUCUCUCUCUCUCACUCGCUCUCUCCCUAUCGGGACUCUGUUUCUGAACAUUUUCUCUUCCUCUUCCCCAUCUCUCUCCCUCUCUCUUCCCCUACAUCUCUCUUUUUCCCGUUCGUUCUCUGCUCCCUUGUCUCUCAUUCUUCCUCUUUAUCUCUCCACCUCCUCUCCUUCACUCUCCCCGUUCUUUCUUCCUCCUCUCUUUUACCUCUCUUUCUCUCUCCUCCUCUCCUCCCCUGCACUGUGUGAGAAAUCUACCCACCCUGUGCCCGAAGUCCCCAUUGCUCUGAGUCGAGGGUCUCUCCCUGUGUCCCGACACAGCAUCUCUCUGCAAUGGAGCCACUCUCCUGGAUCCUGCUGGCCUGCCUUCUGCUUACCUGCCAGGUGACAGUUCUAGGUAAUCGGCUGUCAGGGCAGGUGGGGGUCCAGCAGUGUGACAGGAUCCUGAAAGAUGCCUUCCCCGAAAAGAUGUACCCCUGGUUGCACAGUUACCGGACGAUUCCAAGCAUUGGAAGCCAACCAGAAUACGUGGAGUUCACGACGAAGAGGAGGCAGAAGUUCUGUGUGAAUCAGCAGAAGGCCCGGCUGAUGAAGGAGUAUGUUGAUUCACAAUCCAGAGGCAGUACAGAAACUCCGACAUGGACCCUGCUGGACCGUCAGCCAGUGACUGCGACCUCUGACCAAACCCCAGCCGUGAAACUGCCGGUGGUGGAGACGUCUGAGGGGAUUCCACAUGCCCACAGCUCCGUGCCGCUCACAUCUCCCUCCCUCGCCUCCAGAUGCAACCAUUCUGAGGAGGGAUGUUUGGAGAAAAGGGCAUUUUCUGUUGAGAUGAUGCACGUCAUCCUCAUCUUCGUUGUCAUCAUCUUCCUCUCUCUCCUGUCCUUUGCCAUCUACAAAUGCUGCAAGAAGUCCACAUCCAAAGGCAGUCACAAAGCAAGAAACCCAAAAGAACCCAAUUAUAGAUAAAUAAAAUAAAGACUAACACACAACACGGGGGUUGAGCGGGAUGGUGGGGGGAGAACAUAAAUCAUGUAAACCCAUGACUGUACUCGAACCACAUCAUCAGGCUUGCUGAAGACACGAUCUUGAUGGGUCUCAUCAGCAAGAACGAUGAGUCAGCAUACAGAGACGAGCUGCAGCGGCUAACGGACUGGUGCAGAGCCAACAACCUGUUUCUGAAUGUGAACAAAACAAAAGAGAUGGUUGUUGACUUCAGGAGGGCACAAAGCAACUACUCCCCGCUGAACAUUGACGGCUCCUCGGUAGAACUCGUUAAGAGCACCAAAUUUCUUGGUGAACUUGGUAAUCAUGUCAAAUUUCUUGGUGUUUCCUGGCGGAGAAUCUCACCUGGUUCCUCAACACCAGCUCCAUAGCAAAGAAAGCCCAGCAGCGUCUCUACUUUCUGCGAAGUCUGAGAAAGUCCAUCUCCCACCCCCCCCCCCCCAUCCUCAUCACAUUCUACAGGGGUUGUAUUGAGAGCAUCCUGAGCAGCUGCAUCACUGCCUGGUUCGGAAAUUGCACCAUCUCGGAUCGCAAGACCCUGCAGUGGAUAGUGUGGUCAGCUGAGAUCAUUGGGUCUAUCUUCCCACCAUCACGGACAUUUACACUACACGCUGCAUCCGCAAAGCAAACAGCAUUAUGAAGGACCCCACGCACCCCUCACACAAACUCUCCUCCCUCCUGCUGUUUGGGAAAAGGCACCGAAGCAUUCGGGCUCUCAUGACCAGACUGUGUAACAGUUUCUUCCCCCAAGUCAUCAGCCUCAAUAUCCAGAGUCUGGACUGACACCAACUUACUGUCCUAUUGUCUUGUUUAUUAUUUAUUGUAAUGCCUGCACUGUUUUGUGCACUUUAUGCAGUCCUGGGUAGGUCUGUAGUCCAGUGUAGUUUUUUUCUGUGUUGAUUUUUAUGUAGUUCAGUCUAGUUUUUGUACUGUUUAUGUAACACCAUGGUCCUGAAAAACAUUGUCUCGUUUUUACAGUGUACUGUACCAGCAGUUACAGUCAAAGUGACAAUAAAAAGUGACAACUUGACUUUAUAAGCAAACAACAACAUUUCAACCCAAAAUGAGUCCUGAGCUCCAAACCCUGGAGUAGGCCCAAAGCCUGGGUAUCACAGAAAUCCCACCUCUCCCGGGAAUUCCAGGAGUCUCCCACAUAUUGAUAGCGGCUCCCUGACGCCCACAAAUUAUAUACAAUAUCCUGGAAAUCAAUUUUUUUUGAGUGAGAUUGAGAGAGAACCAAUUGGUCUCUGUGCUAAGUAAACCCAUCAGUUUUCUCUGUGGGCGGGCUUUACAGUCAACCACUCUCUCUCUUUCAUUGUCCAUCAGUUCAAUUUAGUGUCCUGUAGCGCCAUGGCAGAGUUCCAAAAAAAGAAAAUAUAAAACGUACUUCACCCCAGACGACACAAAAGUGUACUCCUGCCUAAUAGAGGUCAAAAAUGAUGAGUGUUGUUAUUAGCAUUUAGCUAUUAGCAUUGAGACUGCUCAAUAAAGUGUGUGUGUGUAUAUAGUUUAAAUAUGUGAUCAAAUAAAUUGUGUUCUU